ACUAGUACAGCAGACGCCCCGCCUUGCCAUCACGACAACCUCCCACAGAAAUAAUUCUUCUCUGGCUCCGGAUGACUUUUCUUUCCCGUCUCUCAGCUCAGCAGAGCGGAAGGAGCUGACGCAGGUCGGUCCACGCUGCUGGUAAGGGGGGGGACACCGAAACCGAGGCGCCUCCGUAACACAUACCUGUCCGUGUGGCAUGUGACAGUAAGAGAGCGGCUUUGUAAGCGAAGGUAUCGGAAAGCAGGUCGACCUGUAGAGGGGAUAAAGAGCUCUGGUUCUCGGUCUCCCGCCGCCACGGAGAUGGAGAAGCUGUGCGGACCUGAGCGUCCCUUCUGGGUAGCCAACCAGACGCUCCACACAGAUCUACCCGACCUUCCAGAGUGUUUCCAGCUGUCUGUCCUGUCAUGGCUGCCGUGCAUCUACCUGUGGGUCGUCAGUCCCUUUUACCUCUUCUAUCUGAAGAGAAACAACAAAGGUUACAUCAUGAUGUCCAUAAAGAACAGAGUCAAAACGGUGUUUGGUUUGUUCUUAUGGAUUGUGUGUUGGACUGACCUCUUCUACACAAUGCACGAGAAGCAGCAGCCGCCCAUUUACUACAUUACACCGCUGGUCCUCGGCAUGACCAUGCUGCUGGCCACGUUUCUGAUCCAGUUUGAGAGAUUGCGCGGGGUUCAGUCCUCAGGGGUCCUCUUCAUCUUCUGGUUCCUGUCUGUGCUGUGUGCCGUCGUGCCUUUACGCUCCAAGAUCCUGCAGAUCAUCAACCAGAGUGGAGUGACAGACAAGCUGCGGCUAACCACGUUCUGCUUCUACUUCAUCCUGGUUCUCUUGGAGCUGAUCCUCAGCUGCUUCAAUGAGAGACCUCCUCUCUUCUCCAACGUUGUCACCGACCCUAAUCCCUGCCCUGAAGCCACUGCAGGUUUUCUCUCCACCAUAACGUUUUGGUGGUUCACGAGUAUGGCCAUCAAAGGCUACAAAAUGCCCCUGGAGGCCAAAGACCUGUGGUCUCUGAACAAGCGGGACAGCUCUAAGGUGAUGGUGCCCAGACUGCUAAAAGAGUGGGACAAGGAGCAGGCCAAAGCCAAGAGACUUUCCAGUGAUCAAAACAAGUCCAGCCAGGCGUCGUACUCUAAACCCCCGCCAUCGACCACCAACCACGUCGGAGGAAGUGAAACAAGCCCAGAAGAAGUGGAGGUGUUGCUGUCCAAUCAGAAAGCAGCUCCCCACCAGCCAUCCUUCCUGCUAUGCCUCAUCAAAGCCUUUGGACCGUACUUUCUGAUUGGCUCGGCCUUCAAGUGUCUGCAGGAUGUCAUCACCUUCGUCAACCCGCAGCUGCUCAGGAUGCUGAUCGCCUUCACCAAAGACAGUAACGCCCCAAAUUGGCAGGGCUACGCUCUGGCUGUCCUCAUGUUCUUCACAGCCGUCCUGCAGACGCUCAUCCUCCACCGACACUUUCAGUACUGCUUUGUCACCGGCAUGAAUGUACGCACGGCUGUCAUAGGAGCGAUCUACAGAAAGGCGCUGUCGAUAACUAAUGCUGCAAAGCGGUCAUCCACAGUAGGAGAGAUAGUCAACCUGAUGUCAGUGGAUGCUCAGAGAUUCAUGGACCUCACCACCUUUCUCAACAUGUUGUGGUCUGCUCCGCUUCAGAUUGUUUUGGCACUUUACUUCCUCUGGCAGAACCUUGGUCCAUCCGUGCUUGCUGGUGUAGCUGUCAUGAUCAUGCUGAUCCCUUUUAACGCCGUUAUCGCCAUGAAGACCAGAGCCUAUCAGGUGGAGCAGAUGCAGUACAAGGACGCUCGUAUUAAGCUCAUGAAUGAGAUCCUGAACGGCAUCAAAGUCCUGAAGCUGUACGCCUGGGAGAACUCCUUCAAAGAAAAAGUCCUGGCUAUCCGACAGAAGGAGCUCAAUGUUCUGCGGAAGACGGCCUACCUGGGAGCGCUGUCCACCAUGGCCUGGACCAGCGCCCCUUUCCUGGUUGCCCUGACAACGUUUGCUGUGUACGUAACUGUGGAUGAGAACAACAUCCUGGAUGCGGAGAAGGCCUUUGUGUCGCUCUCACUUUUCAAUAUCCUCAGGUUUCCUCUCAACAUGCUCCCCCAAGUCAUCAGCAGUUUGGUACAGGCCAGUGUCUCAUUGAAGCGGAUCCAAAGUUUCCUGAGUCAUGACGAGCUGGACUCAAACGCAGUGGACCGAAAGAACACGGCCACGGAUUUUUCAGUGACAGUUGUCAAUGGGAAAUUCUCCUGGGCCAAAGAAGAUCCUCCAGUUCUGCACAAUAUAAACGUGAUGGUGCCUCAGGGCUCCUUGCUCGCUGUGGUCGGCCAUGUUGGCUGUGGGAAGUCCUCGCUCAUCUCUGCACUGCUGGGAGAAAUGGAGAAACUGGAGGGAGAGGUUUCUAUUCGGGGGUCAGUGGCAUACGUACCUCAGCAGGCCUGGAUUCAGAAUGCCACCCUGCGGGACAACAUCCUGUUUGGGAGGCCCUACAAUGAGCAGAAGUACUGCUGCGUGAUGCACGCCUGUGCCUUAACUCCUGACUUAGAAGUGCUGCCUGGAGGAGACAUGACUGAGAUCGGGGAAAAGGGCAUCAACCUCUCUGGUGGGCAGCGUCAGAGGGUGAGUCUGGCCCGCGCUCUAUACAGCGAUGCUGAUGUCUACCUGCUGGACGAUCCACUGUCGGCUGUGGACGCCCAUGUGGCCAAACACAUAUUUGACAACCUCAUCGGCCCUGAAGGUGUGCUAAAAGGAAAGACUCGUAUUCUUGUGACACACGGCAUCAGCUUCCUGCCUCAGGUGGAUAACAUCAUGGUGAUGGUGGAUGGCAGGGUGUCGGAGAUGGGCUCCUACCAGGAGCUGCUCAAGCAGAAUGGAGCAUUCGCAGAGUUUCUCAGGAAUUACGCCCUGGAGGACAUUGUGGAGGAGGAAGCCACUGAGGAUUUAUUGGAAGAUGAGGAGUUGUUUCCUGAAGAUGCCCUCAGCAAUCACACAGACAUGGUGGACAAUGAGCCAGUAAUCAAUGAGGCAAAGAGGAAGUUCAUAAGGCAGAUCAGUGUCAUAUCAGCAGAUGGAGAGAACCCAAGAAGUCGCUCAGUGAGAAAGCAGCCGUGCAGUCAGAGGAAACAAAGUGAGCUUCAAGAGAAGAAGAAACCACACGAUGCGGAGAAACUCAUCCAGGCCGAAAAAACAGAAACAGGCAGGGUAAAAGCCAAGGUGUACCUGGAGUAUGCUAAAGCAGUGGGACCUCUGCUGUCGGUGUUCAUCUGUUUCCUGUACUGCUGUCAGAGCGCAGCAGCCAUCGGAGCAAACGUCUGGCUUAGCGAGUGGACCAAUGACGCCUCGACAAAUCAGACACAGGAGAAUGUUCAAAUGAGGGUGGGGGUGUACGCAGCACUGGGCAUUGCACAAGGUGUGCUGUUGUUGGUUAACUGCCUGUUGUGCCGGGGCUACAGUAUGCUGCUGGCAGCCAAGCUCAUGCACCUCAACAUGCUUCAGGGGGUCCUGCGAGCUCCGCAGGCCUUCUUCGAGAGCACCCCCACUGGGCGGUUACUAAACCGCUUCAGCAAAGACGUGGAUGCUAUAGACUCCCACAUCCCAGACAAUAUUGACAUAUGGAUGCGCACUUUCUGGUACACACUGAAUGUGCUGCUCAUAUGCUCUGCCCUCACCCCAAUGUUCCUCAUAGUCAUAGCCCCAUUAAUGGUGUUCUAUUGGUGGGUUCAGAGAUUUUAUGUUGCCACGUCUCGGCAGCUAAAGCGUCUGGAGUCAGUCAGCCGCUCUCCCAUAUACUCCCAUUUCUCUGAGACCGUCACUGGCUCUAGUGUAAUCCGAGCCUAUGGUAGAACCUCUGCCUUUGUUCUGAUGAGUGAUAUGAAAGUGGAUGAGAACCAAAAGAGUUACUACCCUGGUAUAGUGUCCAACAGGUGGCUUGGUGUGCGCAUUGAGUUCAUUGGAAACUGUAUCGUGUUGUUUGCUGCUGUGUUCGCUGUGACUGGAAAGGCGAGUCUGGACCCCGGACUUGUGGGUCUGUCAGUGUCCUACGCUCUACAGGUCACCAUGUCUCUGAACUGGAUGGUCCGGAUGUGCUCUGACCUGGAGAACAACAUCGUCGCCGUGGAGAGAGUGAAGGAGUACUCUGAGACCAAGACCGAGGCCCCCUGGGAGGUAGAGGACAAGAAGCCCCCUCCUGAUUGGCCCCAGUUGGGGAACGUGGAGUUCAGUGACUACAGCGUUCGGUACAGAGAAGGACUGGACCUCGUCCUAAAGAAGCUCACACUGAGCGUCAAAGGAGGAGAGAAGAUCGGUAUCGUAGGCCGUACAGGGGCAGGAAAGUCCUCCAUGACUCUCUGCCUCUUCAGAUUGCUCGAAGCAGCUGCUGGAGAGAUCACCAUCGACGAGGUGAAGAUAGCUGAGAUUGGCCUUCACGACCUGAGGUCCAAACUCACCAUCAUUCCACAGGAGCCUGUCCUUUUCUCAGGCAGCUUAAGGAUGAACCUGGACCCCUUUGAGAAAUACAAUGAUGAAGAGGUGUGGAAAGCUCUGGAACUUUCUCACCUACACAAGUUUGUGAGCAACCAGCCGGCCAAACUGGAGCUGGAGUGUUCAGAGGGGGGAGAGAACCUCAGUGUGGGCCAGAGGCAGCUGGUGUGUUUGGCUCGAGCUCUCCUGAGGAAGACGAGAAUCCUCAUCCUGGAUGAAGCCACAGCUGCUAUCGAUCUGGAGACAGACGAUCUCAUCCAGUCCACUAUUCGGACCCAGUUUGAGGACUGCACUGUCUUCACCAUCGCUCACAGACUCAACACAAUAAUGGAUUACACAAGAGUGCUGGUGUUGGACAAGGGACAGAUAGCAGAGUUUGACACUCCAGCAAACCUCAUAGCAAAGAGAGGAAUCUUCUACGGCAUGGCUAAAGAUGCAGGACUGACACAGUAGAGCCGCCUUCUGUCUCCACGUUAAAACCAGCCUUUAAGAUCAGCUCAUUCGGUCUGACUUCAUGUCAGAGCUGGCGGUGGAACUUUGGUUUUUGAGGGCACUUGCUGCUGGUUUUGAAAUCGCCUGGACUCCUUUGCAGACUUGGAUCAAUUAGAAGUUGCAGCCAUGUGUAGUGUUUGAGUGAACCACAGCAGGACAUUUACUGUACAUAAUGUCUGUGAUUGAGUCUCUGGCACUGAUUGUAAUGUCCAGUGUGGCAUCAGCAUCCCUUCAGCAUCUAAAUAGAAAUGUUAAAACAAGCCAUAAGUGCAAGUACUAGUUGAUCCAUGUCUGUGUUUAGUGCCUUCUGCCAGUGGGAUGAAGAAAGCCAGUGAAUGUAUCAUUUUAUAAUCGGCUGUCUGCUGCAAAACAACAAAAUCAAGAAAAGGAGGAACUUUUUUAUUUUAUUUUUUCUACAAAGAAAAAUGCAGUGCCACUGUACUUUCCUCUUUAAAAAGCAUCCUUUGUGAUAAACCCACUUAUUUUUGUACUGUACCGUUAUUUAAGCUACUUUUUAAAGAAUUGUUUCAUCUAGGGAAGUUUGCUCAGUUAAAUAUGUGAUUCUUUUGUGAACCAAAUCUAUAAAAACUUGAAUUCUGUACCACCAAAAUAUGAACUAUGAUAAUGCCUUUAUUAAAAAAAAGGAAAAA